AUGGCACAAAGAUCAAGACCUAAGUUCAACGCUAAGAAAUACGAAAGACCAGGUCUCACAGAAGACGAAAUCGAGGAGAUCAAGGAAGCCUUUGACCUUUUCGAUACUGAUGGUAGUGGCUCAAUUGACCCCAAGGAGCUGAAGGCAGCAAUGCAGUCACUUGGAUUUGAAGCUAAAAACCAAACUAUCUUCCAAAUGAUUUCAGAUCUCGACAAGAACAAGUCAGGCACCAUCGACUUCGAGGAGUUCCUCGAUAUGAUGACUGCAAGAAUGAGCGACAAGGACACCCGUGAAGACAUCUCAAAGGUCUUCAGACUGUUCGACGACGACAAUACUGGCACCAUCACUCUUAGAAAUCUCAGAAGAGUCGCUAGAGAACUCGGAGAGACCAUGACUGACGAGGAGCUACAGGAGAUGAUUGACAGAGCUGACUCAAAUGGAGAUGGAGCAGUCACCCUCGACGAUUUCUUCAAUAUUAUGACUAAGAAGACUUUUGCAUGA